AAAGAGAACGAGUCAAUAGUGAUGCUGCAUAAUAUGAGUUGCAAAAAAUGUUCAAAAGAUAAACGGUUUAUUCGUAGAAGUUGAUGUUUUAAGCAGUUGUUUGCACAUUGCAUCAGAUUGGGCAUACAUUUGGGUUUAUGUGGCUGAUUAAAUUAAUGAUUGAUCAGUGGCAGGGCAGAGGGCUUUUUCUCGGUGGUGAAGUCAGUCACUGUUCAGUGGAAGUUUGGUCAUGUCUGGACUGCUGGGUGUUCGACUGCUGCUGCUGUGGGGCAGUGCCUGCCUUUGGCUGCCCAGCCAGGCCCGAGGGGCUCUGGUCAUCUCCAGUCCUCAUGAAACUCUUCAGGGGACAAGAGGAGCUGUCCGAUCACUGCAGAAAAGAAGUACAAAUAAGGCCAUGGUGGAGGUGCACAGUGUGAAAGUGGAUUGCACUGUGACGUCUCGUUUCGCUCACACCGUCAUGACUUCCAAGGCUCUGAACAAAGCAAACUCUGCCCAAGAAAUCUUCUUUGAAGUGGAGCUGCCCAAGACCGCCUUCAUCAGCAACUUUAGCAUGGAAAUUGAAGGUCAGGUGUAUGUUGGUGAGGUGAAGGAGAAAGAGAAAGCAAAGAAACAGUAUGAGAAGGCUGUUUCCUCUGGACAGACUGCUGGACUGGUCAAGGCUUCUGGAAGAAAGUUGGAGAAGUUUUCAGUGUCUGUGAAUGUUGCAGCCAAAAGCAGCGUGACUUUUAUUCUGACUUAUGAGGAGCUCCUUCAGAGGAAACUGGGCCAAUAUGAGAUUCUAACACGAGUUAAACCAAAACAGCCGGUGCAAGAGUUUCAGAUUGUGGCAAACAUCUAUGAACCCCAAGGCAUUGCUUUCGUUGAGGCCUCUACAACUUUCCUCACCAAUGAGCUCCUCUCACUUGUGGAGAAAACCGUCACAGACUCAAAGGCUCACAUCUCUUUCUCACCAACACUGGAGCAGCAGAGGAAAUGUCCAGGAUGUGAAGACACCAUAAUUGACGGGGAUUUCAUCAUCAAAUACGACGUGAAGCGAGAAGAGAGCCUUGGGGAAAUUAAGAUGGUGAAUGGAUACUUUGUUCACUUUUUUGCUCCACCUAACCUGCCCAGAGUCCCAAAGAAUGUGGUGUUUGUGAUUGACAGGAGUGGAUCAAUGAGUGGAACAAAGAUUAAACAGACCCGGGAAGCAUUGGAAGCCAUUCUGAAAGACCUCCAUGAAGAGGACCACUUUGCUCUCAUCCUGUUUGAUAGUUCCAUUGUUACCUGGAUGGACUCUCUUACCAAAGCAACAGAGAAAAAUGUGUCAAAAGCCAUUGCCUACGUGAGGAAAUUAAGGGACAGAGGAGCAACCAAUGUUAAUGAUGCUGUACUGAGAGCAGUGGACAUGCUGGUAAAAGAAAAAGGGCAUCACAACGUUCCAGAGAGGAGUGCAGACAUGAUUAUUUUACUGACCGAUGGGAUGCCAAACAGUGGAGAGUCUCGCCUACCAACAAUACAGAAGAAUGUGCAUUCUGCCAUUGGAGGGAACAUGUCUCUAUUUUGUCUUGGAUUUGGAAAUGAUGUGGAUUAUUCCUUCUUGGAUGUGAUGAGCAGACAAAACAAAGGACUGGCCCGCAGAAUUUUUGAGGGUUCAGAUGCAACACUUCAACUUCAGGGUUUCUAUGAGGAGGUGUCCAGCCCUCUGCUCUUGGAAGUUGACUUGCGUUAUCCUGAAAACGCAGUGGACCUCUUGACCAAAAACCACUACAGCCAGUUGUUUAAUGGUUCAGAGAUUGUGGUAGCCGGUCGGCUGACCAACAACGACCCUGAUAACUUCUUGGUGGAAGUGUUCGGCAAGGGGUCUGAAAAGGACUUCUUGGUGCAGGGAAAGGCCAAUAAGUUAAACUUGGAUGUAAUCUACCCAGAACAGGAAUACAUCUUUGGGGAUUUCUCAGAGCGUCUGUGGGCCUACCUCACCAUCCAACAGCUACUAGAGAACAGUGACAUUGGUACUCAGCAGGAGAAAGAUGCUAAGACAGCCAAGGCUCUGGAGUUGUCACUGCGAUACAGCUUUGUCACCCCUCUCACGUCCAUGGUGGUCACCAAGCCUGAAACUGAGGAUGGACCAGGCAGCCCUCUUAUUGCAGAUAAACUGACUGAGGACCAGCGACAGAAAGCAGAGAGAAGCGGUGGCCAACAACAGACAGCACACAGACACAGUGGUUCAUCAACCAUUUCUGCAAGUUCCCACUCAACUAGCAAGCAACAAAAAACACCCAGACCCAGUGGUGCCUCCUGGUCUAGUGCUCGAGGAUCCCAUAGCCAUUCAAAUGUGGACGGAGAUCCUCAUUUCAUGAUUGAGCUGCCAGAGAGAGGUGAUGCUCUCUGCUUCAACAUCAACGACAAACCAGGAACCAUUUUCAACCUGGUCAGAGACCCAAAAUCAGGCUUUGUGGUGAAUGGCCAAAUUAUUGGCAAGAAGAAAGUUGUUUCAGACGGUAACAUCAAUACCUACUUUGGCCGUUUUGGUAUCAUCCAUGAGAAGCUGAGGGUGAGGCUAGAGGUGAGCACAGAAGACAUCACAGUCUUCCAUGAUGGCAAACAGAUCAAGAUGCUGUGGUCUGAUACAGCUUCUAUCAAAGAAACCAAUUUAGACUUCAGCCUGACUAAAAACUGCAGCCUGACAGUGACACUAAGGCACUCCGUUAAAUUCAUGGUCAUUAGACACACCAAGGUUUGGAAAAGACGUCGGGAUCAUCAAGACUACCUGGGUUUCUACACCUUGGACAGCCACCACUUGUCUGCUUCGGUUCAUGGUCUGCUAGGUCAGUUCUACCAUGGGGUUGAGUUUGAAGUUACUGACCUGCAUCCCCGUGACGUCCAGGAUAACUCAUACACAACCAUGUAUGUGAAGGGACAAGCACUCAAUGUUACCAGACAUUGGCAGAAGGACUUCAGCAACCAAGUUGUGAAUGGGGAAAAUAUUUCCUGCUGGUUUGUUAACAAUGAUGGAGCAGGCCUCAUUGAUGGGAGAGCCUCAGACUACAUUGUGUCCGAGCUUUUUAAGACUGCUUUUUGAAUUGUCAAACUUUUAUCUCAAAAACAUAUUUUCAAACUAUAUUUUAAAUGAUAAUAAUAGAACAUCUUUGUUCAAAUUAUUCUCUUCUUGUUACACCUCAAAAUGUCUGACCCUACUCACAGCUGCAUAGCAGAUUUAACUGUGUAUUGCAUCAGACUUGGAGAACACUUGGUACAGAUUUAGAUUAAUGUGGGUGAUGAGUCAUAAAUGACUUAUUUAUCAUUGCUGACAAAGACUGCUUAAAGGUUUGUUUAUUUGUUCAUUUUUUCAUGUUACAUUAUUUCCUGAAUAAAUUAUUGUUUCCUGUGUUGAA